CGUGUUAUCUCUCUCAACGCCUCCUUUACUCCUUUGUUUGGUACUAUCUCACCGGAGAUUGGGAUGUUAAAUCGUGGAUCUAAUUUUAGCAGCCAAUAAUUUCUCCGGUGCGUUACCAAUGGAGAUGAAGAAUCUAACUUCUCUCAAGGUUUUGAAUAUCUCCAACAAUGGAAGCUUCCCUGGAGAGAUUGUUAAAGCUAUGGUUGAUCUUGAAGUUCUUGACGCUUAUAACAACGAUUUCACCGGUACGUUACCAUUGGAGAUUCCAGAGCUUAAGAAGCAUAAACACCUCUCCCUCGGUGGGAAUUUCUUCAACGGAGAGAUUCCAGACAGUUAUGGAGAUAUCCAAAGCUUAGAGUAUCUUGGACUCAGAGCUGGACUCUCCGGUAAAUCUCCGGCGUUUCCAUCUCGGCUCAAGAACGUAAGAGAAAUGUAUAUUGGCUACUACAACAGCUACACCGGCGGUAUUACACCGGAGUUCGGCGGUUUAACAAAGCUUGAGAUCCUCGACAUGGCGAGUUGUACUCUCACCUUAACCGGAGAAAUUCCUCAAAGCUUCAUCGAUCUUGGAAACAUCACUCUGAUCAAUCUCUUCAGGAACAAACUCUACGGACAAAUACCAGACAUCAUCGGAGAUUUACCAAAGCUCGAAGUCUUUGAAGUGUGGGAGAACAACUUCACGUUACAAUUACCGGCGAAUCUUGGCCGGAACGGGAAACUGAUAAAGCUCGAUGUAUCUCAUAAUCAUCUCACCGGACUUAUCCCCAUGGAUUGUUCACGUGUAUAUGGCUACAUGCUGGGGUUUUUCAUGUUCUUGCCAACAUUACGCAUUGGAUUGCUUUAUAUGAUAUCUGGAUUUGGUGGAAGUUUGUUAUCAUCUCUCUUUAACCGGGCUGGCAUAUCCGUUGGUGCCUCUGGUGCAUUAUUCGGCUUGCUUGGUGCUAUGCUUUCAGAGCUUCUCACUAAUUGGACUAUUUACGCAAAUAAGUUUGCAGCUCUUUUGACACUCAUCUUCAUCAUAGCCAUUAAUUUAGCAGUAGGUAUUCUUCCACAUGUAGACAACUUUGCCCAUCUUGGAGGAUUCUCAUCCGGGUUUCUUCUAGGCUUUGUUUUCAUGAUCCGUCCUCAGUAUGGAUACUUCAACCAGAGGAAUAAUCCUCGCGGUUAUGCUGCACCGUCUGCUAAAUCCAAACACAAGCCAUACCAAUACGUUCUUUGGAUCACCUCUUUAGUGCUUUUAAUAGCUGGUGGCACAAGAAAGUCUCACACUUGCGACCCAAUGACGCUGAAAGUCAAACAAGAAACGAAUCAACCGAUAAACCCACGAUCGGAUUCAUCUUGAGAACAGAAAGAGAUGAGAAGAAUAGAAGAAAUGGGGGUUAAAGGUGAAAGAAAGAGGGAGAAGAUUUGGCUGAUUAGAGAAGCCACUCUCUUAAAUCUGUGAUAAUCUUUUUACAAAAUACCAAAGCAUAAAAGGCCUAACGAUAA